AUGAUAAUGCUGGUGGGCAAAGCGAAAACUCCUGAAGACAAGAUCGGGACGCCCUCGGGCUCGCUCUGUAAACACCCCGCGGGAUCGCCCCGCUACGCCUCGGAUGACUCCGAGAGCGAGUCAGAUGGAUCCAUCAGCAAUCGUCAGAUGUCUCUAGGACCAUCGGGUGAAAGGUUCUUAAAGGACAAGAUCGGACAAGCCAAGAUCGACGCCUAUAAGGGACAAUCCAAGAGCAACAUGCCGCAGAGAUCGGCCAGUACCCGCACUGGGCUGGAGGAUCAAGAAGAGGGCGAUCUAAGUCGGUACUUCAAUUCAGCCAUGAAGAAGUACGAGGCGGAUCAACGUACAGCUCAGCGAAUGAAUCGACAGCUAAACCGCUACCCAGAUCGACUUACUUUGCUCCAACCUUCACACGAAAGCCUUGACAUGCCGGAUGUGGAGAUGGAGUCGGUGAGGUCGGACAUUUACCAACAUAUCCAUGAGGCGGCGGAAUGCGACCCGGAUGAUCUAUGGAUGCCCGAACCACGGCGCCCUCAAGUAGCCGCGACCGGUGCGACUACCGGAGGGGGAAACAUCACGCAGAGGAUCAGAAUCUCAGCGAUUUCUGAGCUGAAAGAAUUCUCAGGGAAGGAUCGGGAAGAAGACAAAGCACGAAACUGGAUCGGCAAAGUGAAAUCAGCGUUUAUCCGGGACCAAGCACCGGACAAGGAGAGAUAUCUGGUCUUCGGUGAUCUCAUGGUAGGCCCAGCCCGCUACUGGUACCGACAGCUGAGUAGAUCGACGAGAUUCAAUUGGAAAGAAUUGAUGAACAGUUUUCUUGUGGAGUAUGCGGGACACGGGAUGUCCGCGAGCAGGCAAUACUACCAUGCGAAGAUACCGGUGAUGAAUGGAUUGCCAGCUGCGCGCAAGGAACAUGUCAAUCAUUUCAUUGACACCUUGGACGACCCCGAUCUGUCCAAUCAAUUGCUACUGCUGAAUGUAGAAGACGCGGAGGCCAUGCAAAAGACACUGCAAGGAUAUCAACAAGGGAAAUCGCGUCAAGGGAAAGUGAUGAUGGGAUCGUCCAAAUUCAGACAGAAGGGAACUCAGGGUCCAGCGCUGUCUAAGCCUGCACGAGCGGUAAGGAUGGUCCGUACCGAGGACGUCUGCAGCGAGUCAGGAUCAGACACCUGCGGAUCGGAUUUGGAAAAUCGAUUGAGAUCGAUCCAUAUGGCUGCUACUGCGGAUCGCCGUUCAUCCCCCAAUGACGCUGCAGCAAACGCGAGAUCGGCCGACCCGAACACUCGUCAAGACUAUCAAGACCGCAAUAUGCCAUUGAAGCCGUGUACUCAUUGCGGAUCGACCAAGCAUGGAGAUCACGGUUGUUGGAAGCGGCUCACUUGCCAGAAGUGUGGGCGUAAAGGACACCCCUCUGACAAUUGUUUUUUCGUGUUUCGUGCUUGCGGUGAGAUGCACGACCCGGGGAAGUGUCCCAUGGAGGAGUUCUACAACAUGAUCCGUCAGUGGUACGUCCCGAAUAAGCAUGCGGGGAUGCUACCAGAGAAGGCCGAGAAGAUGUUAAACUAG